AUGGAUUCGGCCGUGGCCCCGAGCUGCAGAGGAGGUUCACGGAGGGCACUGAGGCGGGUGGCAUUGGUGCCCGCAGGGUUGGAGUUCCUAUUUGCCGACCUGCGGGGUCCCGAGAACGGCAGGCGACACCACACCGAGGAGAUGAGCAGGGGCCAGCUGGUGGUGCGCCGGGGCCAGCCUUUCUCCAUCACGCUGUACUUCGGCAACCGGGCCUUCCAGCCGGACACGGACCGCCUCGUCUUCAUCGCGGAGACGGGGCCCAGGCCCAAGAGGGAGCUGGGCACCCAGACGAGGAUCUCCCUGUCUCCGCCCGACAGCAGCGGGGCCUGGGGUGUCGCCUGGCUCCCGGAAGGCGCCACGUCCCUCGGGGUCUCCCUGGCACCCCCCGCCGACGCCGUGAUCGGACGCUACACGCUGAAGGUGGAAAUCUCGGGGUCCAGCCGUGUCCAAUCCCACCGGCUGGGGGAAUUUAUCUUGCUCUUCAACCCUUGGAGUCCCGAGGAUGAGGUCUUCCUGCCCAGCGAACCUCAGCGACACGAGUUUCUUCUGCGGGACCACGGACUCAUUUACAAGGGACAGGAGAACUGGAUCACUCCCUCGCCUUGGAACUUCGGGCAGUUUGAGGGGGACAUUGUAGACAUCUGCCUGGACAUCCUGGACCGGAACCUGAGCUUCCUAACGGAGCCGGCGCUGGACUGCUCCCGGCGGGGUAGUGGUGUCUACAUCUGCAGGGUGGUGAGUGCCAUGAUCAACAGCAACGACGACAGCGGGGUGCUGCAGGGCAACUGGGGCGAGGACUACCGGGACGGCGUCAGCCCAUCCGAGUGGAACGGGAGCGUGGCCAUCUUGAGGCGGUGGCGCGCGGCCAAUGGCCAGCCCGUCAAGUACGGCCAGUGCUGGGUCUUCGCUGCCGUCAUGUGCACAGUGAUGCGGUGCCUCGGUGUCCCCACGCGUGUCGUCACCAAUUUCUGCUCAGCGCACAGCGGGGACAGGAACCUGACCGUCGACGUGUUCUACAACGACAGCGCCGAGAUGCUUCCCGGGGAGAGCAAGGACAGGAUCUGGAACUUCCACGUCUGGAAUGAGUGCUGGAUGGCCAGGAGGGAUCUCCCCUCCGGGUACGACGGAUGGCAGGUGCUGGACCCUACACCCCAGCAGACCAGCAAAGGACUAUUCUGCUGCGGUCCGGCCUCCGUCAAGGCCGUCAAAGAAGGGGACGUCCAGUUACCCUACGACACUCCGUUUGUGUUCUGUGAAGUGAGUGGGGAUGAAGUCACCUGGCUCCAGGAGGCCGGGGAAGUGAAAGAGAUCCUCUCCCACAGAACCCAUUCCAUCGGGAAGAGCAUCAGCACCAAGAUGGUGGAUGCGGCCGAGCGGCAAGACAUCACCGACGACUACAAGUAUCCCGAAGGGUCUCUGGAGGAGCGGACCGUGUUUCUGAAGGCCGCCCGGCUGCUGAUGGGCGGAACCGGGCCGGCGCCCGCCAUGUUCCGGCUCCUGCAGGUGACCCCGGGCCCAGAGCCCCCGGUCCGCCUGAAGCUGAGUCUGCCUCGACUCCCCAAGUGGGGCCAGGCCGUGGCCCUGCAGCUGAGCGUCAGCAGGCCCCGGGCCGCCCUGCCGGACGCGGGGCCGCUGCUCCUGGGGCUGCGCUUCAGUGCUCAGGCCGUGCUGCACGUCGGAGGGGUGCAGGCCGCACUCUGGAAGGGCAGGGCGGCCCUCGGCCUCGGCCCAGGCGAGGAGAAAGAGUUGCCCUUGAUCUUGCCCUAUGACAACUACAAGGAGCGCCUGCUGGAAGAGAAGGUCAUCCGCCUCUCCUGCAUCGCCCGGGUUGAGCUGACCGGACAGAAGAUACUGGCGGUCCGGGUCAUCUCCCUGGAUAUCCCCUGGCUGACCGUAGAGGUGGCCGGCCGGGCUGUGGUGGGCCAACGCCUGGGGGUCUCCAUCCGCUUCACCAACACUCAGCCCGAAGCGCUGACUGGCUGCUCACUGGAGCUGGAGGGCAGCGGCCUGGUGGAGGGACUGGUGUCCACUGUGCUGGGCACCCUGGAGCCUGGCAGUACCACCGUGGUUGAGCUGGCAAUCUUCCCUCUGAAAGCUGGGCCCCGGCAGCUGCAGGCACUCCUAACCAGCAAUGAAAUCAAGGAGAUCAAAGGCUUUGAGGGCAUCUCCGUGGCUCCGGAUCCGACCGGCGGACACCCAACGUCCUCCCCUUGA